AUGAAUAUCUCUCAGCCAGUUCCGUCCGCCAUUGAGAGCGUCGAUUUUGGGUUUCUCGGUGCCGCGGAGAUCAGAGCCCUUUCGGUCAGAAGAAUAGAAAAUCCUCAGACAUUCGACACACUACUACAUCCAGUUCCCGGGGGAUUGUAUGAUCCAGCUCUUGGGGCAUGGGGCGAUCACUUCUGUACAACAUGUAACCUCAACACCUUUGCAUGCCCUGGCCAUGUCGGCCAUAUCGAGUUGCCAGUACCUGUAUACCACCCGAUAUUUAUGGAUCAACUUCUGCGAUUGUUACGAGCAAAAUGCGCCUAUUGCAACUACUUCAAGAUGUCUCGCAAAGAAGUCAAUCGGUAUAUUUGCAAACUUCGAUUGAUCCAACACGGAUUGCUGGGACCCGCCGAGGAGGUAGACAACAUUGAGGUUUCGACAUCCAGAGAAACCGAAGCUCAGGCUAGCGGCAGCGAAACAGAGGAAGAAGAGUCAGCGGCCGAUAACGUCAUACGCCAGAGGAACGCCUUUGUGAAGAGCUCAAUAAAAGCCGCAAAAGCUUCGCCAUGGGAGUGGAGGAGGGAAAAAAAUGAAGGUGUUGCGGAAGCUCGACGAAUGGUCAUCAAAACCUUUUUAAAGAACGUUGGUGCUGGUGCGAACUGUGGGAAUUGCAGUGGUAUAUCGCCCAAGUUUCGAAAGGACCGAUAUGUCAAGAUUUUCGAGAAGGGCAUGUCUUUGAAAGACAAGGCCAAGGUAUCACAGGGCAACUUUAAAGCAGUCAAUGCGGUACAAGAACUGCAGGCGGGGAAGAAAGAUAACGGCGACAUUGACGAAGGCAUUGCCGAUAUUGACCUGUCGUCAAAUGAGGACGACGAGGGCGAUGGAGAUUCUCUAGACGUUGAUGGGGAUGUUGUAAUGGGCGAGGCUUCAGGGACGACAGCCAAGUCAGAUUCGAAGGUCGCAAAACCGUCUGACAAGUAUAUCAACGCUAUAGAGGUGCGCGCACGACUCACACUGCUAUUCGACAAGGAACAGGAUAUCUUGUCUCUGGUUUAUGAUUCGCGCUCAACUACGAAAAAUGCGACCCCCGUAACGGCGGAUAUGUUCUUCCUGCAGACUCUCAUGGUCCCCCCGAACAAAUUCCGUCCAGAAGCGCAUACUGGUGAUGAUGAGGUUGCCGAGGCACCACAGAACAGGCUUUACAAGGACAUUCUCAAGAGCUGUGAGAGAGUUGCCGAGAUCUACCAGGCUAUUCACAAGCAGGACGCGCAAGAGGACUCGCCCUACAGGCCGAGAGACUUUUACGAUCUUCAAGAAGCUUGGUGCCAGCUUCAAGAUGUCGUAAAUUCAUUGAUUGAUAGAGACCGAAAUCCAGUUCAGGGCGUGGCAGGUCAGAAGAACGAGGACGGUAUCAAGCAAAAGCUGGAAAAGAAAGAAGGUCUAUUUCGGAAGAACAUGAUGGGGAAGCGAGUCAACUUUGCUGCCCGCAGUGUUAUCUCUCCGGACCCCAACAUCGAGACAAACGAGAUUGGCGUACCCCCUGUCUUCGCAAAAAAAUUGACCUACCCAGAGCCAGUGACCAGCCACAACUUCAAGGACAUGCAACAGGCAGUGAUCAAUGGUGUCGACAUAUGGCCGGGUGCCGCCGCCAUCGAGAACGAGAACGGCCAAGUCAUCAAUCUGCGAACAAAAAGCCAAGACGAACGACUAGCUUUGGCAAACCAACUGCUUGCUUCUUCCAGCAGCAGUGCGAAUGGUGCCAGAAACAAGAAAGUCCAUCGGCAUCUCACAAAUGGCGAUGUUGUUCUCAUGAAUCGACAACCGACUCUGCACAAGCCGUCUAUCAUGGGCCAUCGAGCCAGAGUUCUCCCCGGCGAAAAGACGCUCCGUAUGCACUACGCGAACUGUAACACCUACAAUGCAGAUUUCGACGGAGAUGAAAUGAACAUGCAUUUCCCUCAGACGGAGCUUGCCAGAGCAGAAGCACUCCAAAUUGCGGAUACUGACCAUCAAUACCUUGUCGCAACAUCUGGAAAACCACUCAGAGGUCUCAUUCAAGAUCACAUUUCCGUGUCUGUUUGGAUGUGCAACCGAGACACGUUUUUCGACCGUGCAACGUAUCAGCAACUUAUUUACAAUUGUCUCCGUCCCGAGAGUGGCCACAUUGUAAGUGACCGCAUAGAGACCGUUCCGCCGGCAAUCAUCAAGCCGUUCCCUCGCUGGACCGGAAAGCAGGUAAUUACGACGAUUUUGAAAAACAUCAAGCCCAUUGACUGUGGACCUCUCACGCUUACCGGAAAAUCGCAAACUCCAGCCGAUCGAUGGGGUAAGAAUUCUGAGGAAGGUGUGGUUCUCAUCAAGGGAGGGGAGUUUAUCACCGGUAUUCUCGAUAAAUCUCAGAUCGGUCCGAGCAGUGGAGGCUUUGUUCAUGCAAUUCACGAGGCAUAUGGUCCGACUGCGGCCGGGAAGCUUUUGAGUGCCUUGGGUCGCCUUCUCACUAAAUUCUUGCACAUGAGGGCCUUCACAUGCGGAGUUGAUGACCUACGUUUGACCGCACAAGGUGAAGAGAUGCGCCGGAAGGAAUUGGCUGCUGCCAAAGAUCUUGGUCUCAAGGUUGCUGCAAAAUACGUCACCCUCAGCGCAGACAACCGUACCGAUACCGACCCAGAACUUCUCAACCGGUUGGAGGUUGUCAUGAGAGAUGAUACGAAACAGCAAGGCCUUGACAUCAUGAUGAACAAGAGAUCCGGAGAACUUUCCUCUGCAAUUACUGCGGCCUGUCUCCCUGCUGGUCUAGUCAAGCAGUUCCCUAAGAAUCAAAUGCAGAAUAUGACUGUAUCUGGAGCCAAGGGAUCAGCCGUCAACGCAAACCUCAUUUCUUGCAAUCUUGGCCAACAAGUUCUGGAAGGACGUCGGGUACCGAUUAUGGUCAGCGGUAAAUCACUACCGUGUUUCAGACCUUUUGAAACCCACAUGAGAGCCGGAGGGUAUAUCGUCAAUCGUUUUCUGACAGGAAUCCGACCGCAGGAGUUCUAUUUCCACGCCAUGGCCGGAAGGGAAGGAUUGAUCGAUACCGCUGUCAAGACAUCCAGAUCAGGAUAUCUGCAGAGAUGUCUUAUCAAGGGGAUGGAGGGUCUCAAGGUCGAGUACGAUACUUCAGUGCGAGACUCUGACGGCUCAAUGGUUCAGUUCUUGUACGGUGAAGAUGGUCUAGAUGUAACGAAACAGAAGCACUUGAUGGAUUUCAAGUUUCUGCUGCAGAAUUUGGAAUCGGAGCUCUCUCAGUUGAACUACGGUGACGAACGAUAUGACACUAUCUUCAACGACAAGGAGGCCAUAUUGAAACGAAUGAAGAAGGCCCUGAAGCACGCCAAUGCCAAUAACCCCAAUGGUCCGGACCCGGUACUUGCUGAUUACAAUCCUGGCAAGUACGGUUACGCUACGUCAGAGAAGUUCUUUGAUGCCCUGACACAAUAUUUGAAGACCGAUCCCGAUGCAAUGGUAAAGACCAAGGAGAAUCCCGCCGGAGUUGGCGUCCGGAAAGCACUCGAGGCUGUCUUGGUCGCCAAGUACCUGAAGUCUGUUGCUGAACCUGGUGAAGCUGUUGGUAUCGUCGCGGGCCAGUCAAUUGGAGAGCCUUCGACACAGAUGACGCUCAAUACCUUCCAUUUGGCGGGUCACUCGGCCAAGAACGUCACUCUGGGUAUUCCUCGUCUUAGAGAAAUUGUCAUGACAGCAAGCAAUCACAUCUCAACACCAUCAAUGACGCUUCGACUCAAUUCGGAACUUUCACACGACGAAGGAGAGAUAUUUGCGAAGGGUAUCAGCGAACUCUCCCUGGCUGCCGUCGUGGACGAGGCAACCGUGAAAGAGCGCAUCGGUCGUGGGGUAGCAUAUUCACAGGCUAAGAUAUUUGACAUCCAUAUCAAGCUUUUCCCCUCCAAAGAAUACACUGAGACUUACGCAAUUUCGAUUGCAGAUGUUUUGAGUGCUUUGGAGAAGAAGUUUGCGGUUAGACUUCAAAAAUUUAGUCGCAAAGCUCUUGGGGGAAAGAGAGACAUCAAAGCCACACUUGCGGCCCUCAAUAUUGGAAAGCCAGUAAGAAGCAUUGAGAUGGCAAAGCCUGACGCGGAGGGGGAAGACAACGAGGAUGAAAGUGAUGAUGAGAGAGACGAAACCACAAAAGACGAACAGAGAGGCAAUCGCUCACAAGCAGUGAGUUAUGCAGCGAACGAUGGGGACGACGACAAAGUGCAGGCUCAAAUGCGAAAGGAAGCUGAGGCAGAAGAAGAAUCGGAUGACGACACCGAGAACGAGAAGGAGGACGGCGUGGAGGACGACACGGAUAAUGAAUUGGAGGACGAAGUUACCGAUAACAAGGGAAAGAACAAGCCGAUAGAGACCGAAUCUGAAGAUGCGGACGAGCGCCAGGCUCGUGUAAUGAAGAAAUGCACCGACAUCACCAAUUUCCGUUUCGAUGAGGAGAAAGGAGAGUGGUGCGACUUGACCCUCGAGUACCAGGCCGAUGUCAAGAAGGUUCUUAUGCUGUCUGUCGUCGAGGAUGCGCUCCGACAGACUCUUAUCCAAAAUAUCCAGGGCCUAGGAUCGUGUACCUUUGUACCUGAUGAAGAGGUGCUCGAUCCUGCCAAUGGCAAAAAAAUCAGGGUUCCAGUCGUCCACACUACAGGUGUCAACCUCCAGGCCAUGCACGAAUACCAGCAGUUCAUCAAUCCCAAUACGAUCUCCACCAACGAUAUUGCAGCAAUUCUCACAAUCUACGGUGUGGAAGCCUGCCGGGCUGCUAUCGUCCAAGAACUCUCGGGUGUUUUCGGUGGUCAUGGGAUCAGCGUCGACCACAGACACUUGAAUCUGAUAGCCGAUUUUAUGACGAGAGGUGGCGGCUUCAGUCCCUUCAACAGAAACGGUCUCAGGGGCAGCGUCAGUCCGUUUAUGAAGAUGAGUUUUGAGACUACUGUGGAUUUCUUGGCGGAUGCAGUCAUUGAUGGCGACUGGGAUGAUUUGUCCAGUCCAAGUUCCAGGAUUGUUAUUGGGAGAACGAGUAAGGUCGGAACGGGCGCCUUCGAUGUGUUGACACGAGUGCCGACAGUGAAGGGUGAUGAGCAGCUAUCGGCUUGA